GGACUCCCUGCCCGUGCACUCUGACCCCUCGGAGUUAAUCUGCAUAAAAGAAAAAAAAAGUAUUUUAGCGGAGCAGGAACAAGUGGGGUUGGCUGUGAGUGGAGGGGAGGUUGCAGACGCGGUCGGGGCACCGCAGUGUUGGUUGGGCCGGUCUGGGACUGGAUGCGAGUGCGGAGGAGAGAGGGCUCCGGCGGCGAGCAGAGACAUGGGUCAGUCUGCGAGCGGUGACAGUGUGGAUAGCCCCCCCACUGCGAGCCCGGACGGACCCCUCGCUGUGCCGGGGACCCCGCCCCUGAAACGGAAAAGCAAGCUGGCGUCCAUCACCAACAUCUUCAAACCGUGGAAAUGGAGGAAGAAGAAGCCAAGCGAGAAGUUCCAGGAGACCUCUGCACUGCUGGAGAGGAAAAUAUCAACAAGACAGAGUCGGGAGGAGCUGGUCAGGAGAGGCGUGUUGAAGGAGGAUCCCGAGCAGGCUGGUAGUUCGGAGGUGACAAUCACGAAUGGACACACCAUACACGCCAUCCCUAUCAGAAUCCAACCAGCAGAGGGGAGCACGUUAGAAGCCGUCUCCACAGACACCACUCUGCCACAGGAAACGGGGAUGUCUGAGCAGAGCCCUCCUUAUAAAGUCGGGUCGCCUCAGGGAGAAACACAGCCGUCGCUGCCCGGUGACCACCCUGACCCCACCGCCAUCGGCGCUGCUCAGAACGAUGACCUUGGCACGAUGACCUCCCCUCCGGCGCUCCCAAAACCAACCAACAGGGGCUCGAAUGCAGAACAUGCAUCCUUCCCGUCGGAGAAACUCUCCAGCUCAGCAUCGGCGCCCCAGUCCCCACCCUCACUUCAGCCUAUGACCAACACUAACCUUCCCUGGGACACCUCCGGCUCCCUCGGCACAGGGGACUCGCUCACCGAGGCUGCGAGACAUCCUGACUUCUCUUCCCAACCUUCUCCAGAGCUCCCGAGCAAAAGUGGCUCCUGUGGACCGCUGGUGGACAGUCCUCCUCCCCCACAUCUCCUCGACGACGGGGCUGAGAUUGAAAGGUCCCAGGACGUGGCACAGUCUGAUCCCAAGCAGGAGACAGAUGCCCCUUCCGCCGACUCCACCCAUCGUCCUCAACGCGACGUGACUGAUGGGAAAAUGGACGUGUCCCUAGAACGGGCAGGAACCGAACAAGAACUAAAGAGGGGCGGUGCGGUGGAAGCUGGGAGCAAUGACUUGGCGGGAGAGGAUCCGGAGGGGGUGACGGAGAGAGUCCGGGUCCUGUUGGGGGCUGUGACUUCGGUGGUGGUGAUCCCUCACGAGGACGUUUCCGAGCUGAUGGGGAGCGAAUCUGGUUCCGAUGCUGCGCAGUGCAGGAAUGAUUCGGAUGAGGAAGACGACGAGGAAUCGUUAAACAGCGCCCUGGCCACCAAGAUCCGACGGAGGGACACGCUGGCGACCAAGCUCAGGAACCGGCCGAGCAAGCAGGAGCUGGAGGAGAAGAACAUCCUGCCCCGGACGUCCAGCGAGGAGUGGUCCGAGCUGAGGCAGCAGAUCGGGAACAAGCUCAUCAGGCGGCUGAGCCAGAGACCCUCGCUGGAAGAAUUGGAACAGAGGAACAUCUUAAGAUACCGGAAUGAAGAGGAGGAACAUGAGGAACGGCUGGAGAUCAGGAGGAGGCUCACUCGCAAGCUCAGCCUUCGCCCGACGGUCGCGGAGCUGCAGGCUCGGCGCAUCCUCCGCUUCAACGAGUACGUGGAGGUGACGGAGGCCCAGGACUACGACCGGCGAGCCGACAAGCCCUGGACCCGGCUCACGCCUGCUGACAAGGCUGCAAUACGGAAAGAAUUAAACGAGUUUAAAAGCAGAGAGAUGGAAGUCCACGAAGAAAGCCGACAUUUAACAAGGUUCCACCGGCCAUAAAGCAGCCAGCCCUGAGCUCUGCGAGACACUCGACCCGCCGAGUAUCGACGACGGUGCGUUGGUUGAAUCACAAUGGAGGCUACGCUGGACUUGACGUGUGUUCUGUGCACCUUCCUGUGUCAGUGGCUGGCGCUCAGUGAGCUGGCCGUGUGCUACAACAAAACAAACAAAAAAAAAAGAGGUUUUAAUAUCUAAGUAUUUUUUAAAAGAUUCUUUCUCAGUGGAAGCAGGCUGGCUUCUUUUGUUGUGGCUGAAGAGAAAAGUGGAGGUGAUAUCAAUCAAACAGGAUUGAACCUUGAGAAUUAGGUGGAUCCAGAGAGCUGUGUUAACCUCUGACAGCAGACAGGUUAUCCAUAAUCAGAUGUUGUGCAUUUGUGUCGUGUUCUGCUGUGUGGAAGCUCGUAGCUGGGGGGUGGGGGGUGGGGUGAAACGUUUCUCCUGCUAUUUACUAACCGGUUUCAAUUUCGCUCCCCUUCUGAGGAAGCAAUACCAGAUGGGCAAGGGGAUUAUUGUUUCUCAGUGUAACUACAUCAAGUGACUGCUGCUGUCUAUUCACCACGGAAAGUGGUGUGGACUCUGGCUCAAAGCAGAAACCGCUCAAAUUGUGCGUAAAGUUCAUACUGAACAAGAAGCAAGUCUUUAGCCUGAGCUUGUAUCUUAUUAUGUAUCUCUCUCUCUCUC